CGGACGCGGCGUAGGGGGCGGGACUUAUAGAGCUGGCAAGUGGCUGCUUUCUUGCCGACCGUUUCUACAAAAGAGAUGCUAAGAACAGCAGAAAGCAGCAUCAAGAACAGCCGCUUGUAUUGAUCGGCAAACCGAGACACCAUCGCGAUGGGAUUACUGACUAUUUUGAAGAAGAUGAAGCAGAAAGAGCGGGAGAUGAGACUGCUGAUAUUGGGUUUGGACAACGCGGGGAAAACCACAGUGGUGAAGAAGUUGAACGGCGAGGACAUCAGCACCAUCCCGCCGACACUUGGCUUCAGGAUCAUCACGCUGGAGCACAGACACUUCAAGCUGAACAUUUGGGACGUGGGCGGUCAGAAGUCCCUGCGCUCGUACUGGAGGAACUACUUCGAGAGCACAGACGGCCUGGUGUGGGUGGUGGACAGUGCAGACAGACAACGCAUGGAGGACUGCAGGCAGGAGCUCCACAAACUGCUGCUGGAAGAGAGAUUAUUAGGUGCUACUUUGUUGGUGUUUGCUAACAAGCAGGAUUUACCUGGUGCUUUGUCUAAAGAUGCAAUCCAAGAGGCUUUGGGCCUGAACGAAAUCAAAAACCACCACUGGUGCAUCAUUGGUUGCAGUGCAGUGACAGGACACAACCUUCUGCCAGGAGUGGACUGGUUGCUAGAAGAUAUUGCUGCAAGGAUCUUUACUGCAGACUGAAAGACUGUCACAAUUCUAAUGAAACUGUUAUAUUAUAUGCCAAUUAAAGGCCUACUGAAA